AUGUGGGAGUUUAUCUAUUCCGUCAGCAUCUCCCUCUACCUCGUCGGAAAUUAUGUCGAGUGGCGAGACAGCAUAUUCACCCUCACGCACGACGCCUCGUCGCUCUGGCUGUGGCUGUCUUCUGGGAGACGGGCGGGCACUUUGCUCGCGUCGACAGCAGCGGCAAAAGGAGCGCUCGCCGACCACAACUCGACGACCAUGUGGAUGCCACCAGGUUCGUCAGAGAUGAAGUUGCGAACCAAGGCCUUGUUCGCGCUCGGGCCGGUGGCCGCCCAUCCGUACCAGACCUACCAAGGGACACAGGUUCACAACCAUCUAAGGUACAUGACCGGCCCGCUCCCUGUGUUGCCAGAAGCGUUGGUUUCCAUGCACCUGCACACGCCCCUUUCCUUUGCCCGGAUUGUCAGAGACUUUGUCGCUCUAAAAUGCAACGAGAACGACGGCGAUGAGUGCGGCCAUCGCUUCUUCGUCUUUCAUCCGGACACGUCUUGGAUGGGGGCUUUUCAGCGCCUGCACGAGGUCGAAGGCCCCCUUGCACCAGAAUUCGCCGGCGUCUCGCAUAAUCUCUUUGUUCUCGCUCGCUGGAUGCUGUGCGAGCGCGUCACGCUUGUCCAGACGCUCGGCGACGCCGGGAGGCGCGUGCGCUUCCACGUCCUCGUCCCGACUACGGAGACGCUGGUGAUUCCGCAGCCGUUUUGCUUCGUCGAGGCGUUGGCGCCGCUGACCAUUGAGGGGCCCAUCAGCAAGGGCUAUCCCCUGGUAUGGCUCGCACUGGCCGCAGGGUCGGCGACGGUUCUGCGCGACGUCGGUGCCAUCCCCCCGCCGUGCCCCGAUCGGGCCGAGGCGAAAGCCUUUGUUGCCAUGUGUCUGCUCUGGAUUGCAGCUUCGCCGCUGCUUGUAGCCCUUUGCAGAUUGCUCUGCUUUGUGCACCUUCCGUUCUACGUAGCGCUGGCGCUGUCACUCCUGUUUCAUGGCUUCGCGCUCAAUGUGACGCUGUGGCUCAAGCGGCAGGUGAGUGCGUACUACAUGCGAGAGGACACGCCCAUUAUGCUCGGAUAG